AUGCGCUCGCUUUUUAUUUCGUUGGCACUGUGUGCAGUCAGCACGUCUGCUGUUCAGAUCGAUACUGAAGGUCUUCCUGACACUGGGCUUGACACUUCAAGCUGGACGACUGGAACCUUACCUCCAAUUGAGGACCUCGUCGAUGCAAAUGACUUCCAGAUCGCCGCCAAGAAUGUCUUGUCCGACAGACACUAUGCGUACUACCGCACAGCUGCUUUGGAUGAGAUCACAUACAACGCCAACAUGCGUGACUGGAACAAGAUCCGAUUGAAUGGUUUCAGCUUCACCGACGUGUCAAAUAUCAACACAAAGACGAGCAUUCUUGGAUACGAGUUUGAUGCCCCUUUCUUCAUUGCUCCUGCUGCAAAAGCUGGGUAUGCAAGUAACGGAGCCGAGUCAAAUCUCGUGAAAGCUGCUGGAGCUGCAAAUCUCCUAUACGUACCAUCUAUCUCGUCGUCGCAAUCGAUUGAGGAGAUUGGUGCUGCAGCUGCGAGUGGACAGGUCAUGUUCCAUCAAGAAUACAUCUGGUCAGACAAUGCAAAGCUUCAAGACGAGUUGAAUCGUAUGAAGAAGGCAGGAUUCAAGGCCAUCUUUUUGACGGUGGACAACACGGGUGUCAAUGGAAUCAGAGAUCGUUACCUUCGUUUUUCUGCAGGUGGUGAUGCCGGUCACAGCUCUACAUUCACCAUUGAAUCAUUGAACAAGCUUCGAAACAUGACAACUCUGCCAAUCGUUCCAAAAGGUGUCAAGACUGCUCACGAUGUCAAGCUUUGCGCGGACCUUGGCUUCCCUGCUGUCUACAUCUCGAACCAUGGUGGUCGCGUUGUCGACAUGGCGCCUACGGCAGUCGAAGUGCUUCUCGAUGUUCAUCGCCUGUAUCCUGAAGUCUUUGACAAGAUUGAGAUCUAUGCUGAUGGAGGUGUACGUCGCGCAAGUCACAUCAUCACCUUGUUGGCUCUUGGUGCUCGUGCAGUCGGUCUGGGACGUGCACCAAUGUAUGCCAACGUCUAUGGCGAGCAAGGAGUUUCGAAGCUUUUGGAUAUCAUAAAGAAGGAGCUUACCACCGAGCUGGCAUUGAUCGGAGAGCCUAAUUCGAACAACAUUCGAGGAAACAGGACCUUUGUCAACACCCGACGAGUUGAGUUGGAGUUCUUUGGUGCACCUCUACCUUAA